AUGUGCCAAACUACCGAAAAAACAAGAAGUGCAGCAUUCGGGAUCCUCAGCAGACCGCAAGGCGGCACAAUUAACGUACUACCAGCCAAUACGCCUUUUUCUAUCGUCGCCGUUCCCGUCAUCGCCACUCUUGCUGCUACGCGAAGUCCGUUUUUAUCCUUCUUUAACUCUCCUCGGACGUUUCCAGUGCUUCCGCCGUGUCCAACGCUCUCGCUCCCACAGCGUCCAGCGUCGCGGCCUCCCAAAUUUCCAGCACCCAACACGCAGUCUCCAACAUCCUGGCCUCUGCCUCGUCUCGCGCCGCCUGCACUGUCUCCGCCACCUCAACAGCCGCCUUCAUCGCCACUUCAAUUGCAUCCACCCUUAUCUGCGCGCUCUAGCGCUGCUUCCGUCGCUCCUUCGCAUGUCGCCAGCGCAUCUAGCCACGCUGCCUCUGUCACGUCCUCUGCUACUUCCCGCCCCAGUAGCGAUACUUCUUCCACUACUUCGCGUGCCAGUAGAGUCGCGAGUAGUGCUACGUCGCGCGCUACUAGUGCUGCUGGUGGAGCGAUUGGUACGGGUGCUGUUGCGAGCCGCACCAACUCUAGCGUUACGCAAUUCACUGGUCCUGCUGUCUCUCUUACCACUGAGAGCUAUGAUGUGUUGUAA